ACGUUAGAAAGAUUAGGUAUAUACGAACGAGCCCUCCCCCCUCUCCGGCCGGGGAGCGGAAGCACCACACUCUCACUCCUGCGCGGCGACGGCCGCCGACGCCUCCUCCUCGAGCGUCGCCAUCGUCGCGAGGUCGUCGCUCGAGUCGACGCGCUCCCCGAGGAUCGCGUUCUCGUCGACGUUCGCGUUGAUGUCGUCGCUGAGGAUGUACUUGACGCGCGUGAAGCACUUCCGCAGGAGGGGCGACAGCGCGAUGAACUCGCCCCGCAGCUGCAGGCAGUUGUGCAUCUUCAGCAGGACGUUGCCGACGUGCCAGAGGCGCUUCUUGAGCACGUGCCGCUCCAGCGACGAGAUGGCGGACGCGGGCGGCAUGCGGCGGUCCUUGGCGAUCUCGAACACCGACCCGUCGAGGUCCGCGUGCGCCGGCAGGCGCAGCGCGUCCCGGUCGCCGGCGAGGGCCUCCGGCACGCCGUCGAGCCGCGCCUGCGACGCCGCGACGAUCUUCUCCCACUUGGCCCAGUUCUCCUGCCGGGCGGCGUCCUUCUGGAUCCACGUGCACUGCGCGAGCGGCGUCGCGCCCUCGCGGCACGGGUGGCGGUCCACGAUGUGCAGGAACGCGGCGAAGAACGCGAUCUGCACCGCCUCCGAGCCGGCGUCCUCGGUGGCCUUCUUGAAGUUGAAGCGGUUCUUCACGAACUCGCCCAUGAAGUCGGGCAGGGCGUGGGCGAGGGCCACGCUCUCCGGCAGGUAGUCGCGCAGCUCCCACACGCAGCACAGCUUCGGCCGGACGUCGGUGUUCUGGUCCGCCUCGGCGUCGCCGACCCAGAGGUCCAGCUUCUCGAGCGCGGCGAGCGCCUGCGCCACCGUCGCGUCCGACUCCGCCGCGGUCCGCCGCGCGCCCGCCGCGUGCUCCGCGAGCGAGGCCGCGCACAGCCGCUGGAGCAUGGGCCGGUCCGCCGUCGCGCACAGGGCGUUCGCCGCGCACGCGUCGGACAGCGCGAGCGGCAGGGCCAUGGUCGCGAAGUGCGGCGUCUUGCCGACGAUGCCCGGCACCGUGCCGACCAUGAGCCGCCGGAUGCGCGGCCAGGUCAUGCCCAGGUAGACGAGGUUGCCCUGCGUGUCGAGGCCCCGCCGGCCCGCGCGGCCGGCCAUCUGCUGCGCGAGCAGCGGCGUGAGGAGGCCGCCCUCGUCGCCGCAGAACAUCACGGUCCGGAAGGGCAUGUUCACGCCGUACGCGAGGCUCACGUCCGAGAACACGAUGGCCAGCUUGCCCUGCUGCGCCAGGCGCUGCACGACGCGCCGGUACACGGAGAAGGCCGCGUCCUCGAUGUAGAUCGCGAAGCCGCGCCGCAGCGCCCGCACGAGGAUGUGCGUCGGCUUGAGCUCCUCGCGGCCCUGCGUGUCGCGCUUGAGCUCGAGCAGGAUGUCGUCGAUCUCCUUGGCCGAGAGCCGCGACGUCGGCGGCGCCAGCACGAACUCGGGGUGCGGCGCCGAGACGUCGACGAAGGCGUCGCCGCCGUCGUCGAAGCCGUCGCGCGCCGCCUCCUCGGCCUCCUUCUCGUUGCGCGCCGCGUUCUUCUGGCGCUGCUCGGCCUCGCGCUGCUUCUCGUCGGCCUUGGCCUGCAGCUCCGCCGAGUACUCGGGGUACCGGGCGUCCUGCGCCUCCUCGAGCUCGACGAGCAGGCUCUUGAAGAGCGCCAGGCAGCGGAACGAGUCCAGGUGGAACGCGAGCGCGGGGAACAGCAGCUUAGACCGCAUCUGCGUCGCGACGUUCAGGAUGGAGAACCGGCCCGUCGACGCGGCGGCGUCCGCGCCCUCGGCCGCGCGCAGGUGGUCCGGCACGAACGAGUCGAGGAAGGCCGCCAGCGCGUCGGGGUCCCGCGCCGCCUCGUCGUAGAGCCGCUGCUUGAGGGCGCCCUCGUAGGCCUUGGCGCCGUCGAGCGUGAUGCGGCUCCGCGCGGACGCCGCGGCCUUGAACGCGUCGGACUUGGGGUCGUCGCGCGGCGCGCGGCCCGUCCGCUUCUCGAUGGCGGCGAGCGCCUCGUCGCGCGCCGCCUCCUCCCGCUUCGCCGCCUCGCCGAAGAACGUCGCCGGCUUGAGGCCGGCCGUCCCGUCGUAGGCCUUGGCGAGGGCCUCGUACAGGCUCUUGGAGUCGGCCGGCGUCAUGGCGAAGGCGAGCUUCUCGUCGCCGAGGAGCUGGGGCACCUUGAGCGCCGCGCAGGGGUGCAGCGCGGCGAGCUGGCCGCGCGGGUCGAGGACCAGGUUCUGCACGUUGAUGAAGCGGCCCGCGUGCUCCACGAGCUCCACGGCGUCGCCCGGCGCCGCGUCGUCGCGCACGCACUGCCACCAGUCCCGGAGCUCGGACGCGUUGCCGAUCGUCGCGGAGAGCGCCAGCGUCGGGCACGUGACGUAGCGCACGAGGCGCUGCAGCGCCGCGCCCUCGUCGCCGUCGAGCGCGUGCACCUCGUCGAAGACCGCGUAGUCGAAGUCGAAGCCGCCGUCGAGCUGGGCGUAGUCCCAGCGCGUCGACGUGCACUCCUCGCCGACCUGGCCCCGGAUCUUGACGAGCGAGCUCUCCAGCGCGAGCGGCGUGCCGACGACGACGCGCGACCGGUCCUCGGACGGCCGGUAGGCCAGCUGGUUCGUGGCCAGGGCCACGCGCGCCGACCCCUGCAGGAGCUUCUCGAACAUGGCGGCGACCUGCCACACGAGGGGCUCCGUGGGCACCACGAACAGCACGCGCUCGUUCGCGACGCACGUGUACGUCGAGAUGACCGUCUUGCCCGACGACGUCGGCGCGCACACGACGGCGGACUUGCCGUUGUCGAUGUGCCGCAGCACCUUCUUCUGCCACGCGUCGAGGCGCCAGCCCUUGAGGAAGCGCGAGAGCGGCGGCAGCCGGUCGUGCAUGCGCGCGAGCUGAAAUUCCGCCAGCUCCAGCUCCUUGCGCAGCUUCUUCGCCGCGCGCACCUCCUUCCGGAACUCGUGGACCAGCGCGGCCGCGGGCGUCGCCGGCUUCGCCUUCUUCUUGUCGUCCUUGCCGCCCUUCUUCUUGUCCUUGUCCUUGCCCUUCUUCGCCGCCUCGCCGCCGUCGCCGGCGUCGCCGUCGCGGAGCGCCUGGUGGUACAGCGCGUUCGCCUCGACGGCCCACAGCACGUCCAGCACGGCGGGCUGGUCGUCGUUCGCGAGCUCGGCCUCGAGGACCAUCAGCAGCUGCCGCAGCUUGCCGAGGGGCGUCGCGAGCUUCGUCGCCAUCAGGACGCCGCCCAGCUUCUCGCGCCGCUUGUUGUUCUUGGACGCGUUCUCGAGCUUCUCGAGGUCCGCGCGCACGUCCUUCUCCUCCUGCUCGAGCUUGUUCUUGGCGAUCAUCUCCUCCUUCUUCGUCGGCUUCUUGGCCUUGGGGGCCUUCUUGCCCCCGCUCUUCUUCGCGGCGAUGGCGUCCGCCUUGGCCUCGGCGGCCUGCUCGGCCACGCGCUCCUUCUCCUUCUCCCACAUGACGCGGGGGUCGAAGGCCGUGUCCGGGGCGAGGUUGCGCAGCACGACCGGCAUGCGCGACUUCGUCUCCUUCUUCGUCUCGCGCCGGUUGAUCCGGGUCCAGACCGUCUCCUGCGGGUACGACUGCCAGUACACGUCGAUGGUCCGCGCGGGCACGUCGGGGUUCGCCUCGCCCGGCUCCUCCGCGGCGGGCGCGGCGCCGGCCGCGGCCGGCGCCUUCUUCGC